GCGCUCUGCUGGCAUCUCGUCAAACCUGGGAGUCAUGGCCACAGGUUCUCAGUCCAUGUAGAGCAGAAUAUGUCACUCUGCUGCUACAGAAUGAAGACAAAGGAGAGGAAGGAAAGGACUUUGAGACAACAGAGCAGAGAACAGAGCUACAGCUACUUGUGCUGACUCAGGAAAAGGAGAGGAAGCAUCUGCUCACGUUGCUGCACAGGAUCUCCCUAGAGGAUUUACAAGAGGAAGGCUGCGCAAUACCUCCAAAAGAUAAUGGUGGCUUUGAUGCUGACCAAAUCUCCUUGAGGGCUGGAUGUAUAAACAGACUAAAACAAAUCCAUGCUCAGCUCCAGACACAGAAUGGAAGUGAGAACAACUCAAAGCAAACCAGCAUUCAGAUGGACAUGCAGGGAAAAUGGUCACAAUCUCUGCUGGAGGACUGCAACCUGCUCCUUCUGAUGCAUCUGAUGGAGCUUCAGGAGGGCCAAGCUUUAGCAUUGCUGCAAGUGCUUCUACGUCGGGAUUCACAGGCAGCCCAAGCUCUGAGAGAAAAAUAUGAAGCUGAAUUACAAACCCAACGCUUCCCCAACCUGCUCCAUCUCCUGAUGGCAGAUGAUCCUCUAAUCCCUGGCUCUAUGUUGGCUAAAAACAUCAACAAUGAGCAGGUCACACCUGAAUCAUCCUGCACAGGAGAAGUUGAAAACAUUUAUGCAGAAUCAGUUCCCACUACAACUACUGACUUAACUAAUGAACCCAGCAGGGAAAGUGUAGAAGUUCCAACUGCUGGAGGUUCUGCUAAACAGGAAGUCUGCUCAGGUUGUGGGGCGAUCAUGGAGGAGCUACCCUAUUUGGAGAUCCUGUAUGUGCCUGAUGCACAGGCCAAUGCUCCAACUCCAGAGGCUGGAGCAGGUAGGGAAGAAGAAAUAAACACAAACCUUGAGUGUUUUGAUAAACAGGGAUCCCUGAUCCCCCUUGCUUGGAGCAAACCUCCUGAGGAUGAUGCAGACCAUAAGGCAGAGGAGGGAGAUGGAGAAGCUGAAAAGUAUCAGGACACCCUGAGCAGUCUAGGAACCCAAGGCCAGUCCACACAAUGUGAAGAGGCGGUUCAGAAGAGAGACAGCAAAGUGGUGGACACUCUGGCUCAGUAUGAUGCACAGUUUGCAGAUCAGCAGUUGAAGAAAGUAGAGAAUCCAAUCCCAGACCAACCAAGUGAAGGAGAAGCUGAUACUGAAAUUGAUCCACGCUCACUUGCAGAAAACCUGCUGGAGGUACAGCCGCGUGUUUCUAGGGAUUCCUUCGGCUGUAUUGCUGAUGGAGCAUCUGGUCACACAGUCAGCACCAGCAGAGAGAUGACCGAGUCUGAACUCUGGGACAUCAGAGGGUCAGAACUCUCUGAUAAUGAGGAAAUGAUUCAUUCUCAAGAAUCAACACAGAUAGCAUCCAGUCUCUCUGGAAGAACCACAAUGUUGGAAACGGAUCAAUUGGAACGGAAAGAGCUGAUGAGAGAUCAAGUGUCAGCAGUGGAAAGAGAGAGAACUAUGCGCAGCUUGGUGGACAUGCAAAGAAAGUUUGAACAGAAACACCAAAGAGACAAAGAGAGACAGAUGUUUAGGGUUCAGGAGCGUCUCUCCAUCAUCCUCAACAGAAAAGCAGAAGAAGACUUGCUUGGUCUUAAACACACAGACAGGCUAAAGCAUCUCACAGAAGAUCUACCGCUGGAGGACAAGACUCAGCAGAAGACUGUUGUUAAAGAGCGACUGGAGCAACUCAGAAGAGAGCGCUCCUAUAUCAUGCAGUCAAAAAGAGACAGGAAUACGACAGGAUUUAAGGAACUUCUAGCUCCUGUUGCUCUGAACAACAAUGAGACGGAAGAUGAAGCAAGCUGAGAUACAGGUGGUUUAAGGUGUUUGGUCCUAUUGUUAUCACUGUUAAUGCAAAGUAUUAAAUAAAUAUUUCCGUGCCGUAAAAAAACCUCACAAUGUCACUGUUUUUGCUUUUAUAUAGCAGUUGCAUGGUUCAGAUUACCAUAUUUUGAUAUCAGACAAAGAUAAUCUGGGUAAAAUACAAAAUUCAGUGUUCAAUAGAUUUUUUUGCUAACAGUAAAAACAUAUGAAAAUGUGCCCCUAAAAAGCCCUUCGUUGUAAAGGCCAUUUGCUUAAAAUUCCAUAAAAUGACAAGUAAAUGCAUGUUAAAUCUCUUUAAAGAAAUGUUUGCUCUCUGUUCUUUCCAGAAUCGUUUUAUUUAAUCCACAUUGGAGGGGUUUUGAGUACACUUUCAGGCAUAGUUCACUUCCAAUUUCCAAUUAUUGCUGUUUUUUAACAAUUCACAGGUGGACUUGCUGGUGUGCUUGGAAACCUUUACCUGGGUGGAAUGAGGUUGAACUUUGGGUCACAAAAGGAUGUUAUUUUUUGGAACAGAAUUCAUUGCCUGACAGGUUCCAGCCAAUCGUUAAGGCAGCCACACACCACUAUGUUUAACUGUUGGGAUGUGCUUUUUCUAAAAUGAUGUGUUCAGGUGAGCCACAUUCCAAAAGGUUCCACUUUUUGAUUUAUCAAUCCACAGAUUUUCACACCAGUCUCAGGGAUCAUUCAGACUUUUAUUUUUUUUGUUAAAUGUGAGACAGGCCUUUGUGUUCUUUUUGGAGAAAAGGGUAACCGAGGCUACCUUUCUCUCCAAUAAAGAAAAUAUUUGAUGUUGUGUAUUCAGUUUAUCUUUGAGGAUAAAUUCAGUUUAAAGAUCUGACACCUUUAAAUUUUACCAAAGCAAGAAAAAAAAUCUGCAUGGGGCAAAACAUAUUCAAAGUUCACACCACAUUUGGGUGUAAUUAUAGAUAUCAUUCGAGACUUGUCUCUCUUUUCUUUGUGAAACUAAUUAAUCAGUAGGCUAUGACUGAAUAGACUGAGAUUCACAUAUGCAGCUGUUUAAUAUACAUUUUAAUUAUCACUUUGACAACCAUAAGCAUUAACAAUAAUGAAAUUUCACUAGAACCCCCUUCACCUGUGCACAAUAUCCCAAGAAGCCAAAGUUACAUACACAAUGAGUCACAGAGGUGCAUGUAAACAUUCAAGAGUGGCUCCAGUUAACUUUCUUCAUGAGAACACUUACAUUUAUAAAUUGACCAUUGCUCAAUUCCGUGAGAAAGUGUUGUAACUGCAGAAUGACACCUCUGUAAAUGUUAAAUGCACCCAUUGACUGGUACUGUUUUUAUUUACAGAUAUGAGAAUGAAAAUGUUGCAUCAUGUGAGGGGACGUUGGUUUGGCUAGUAACCAUACAAUAGGAAGAUGUCUAUACAGAAGGUUGAGUGUGUGCCAAACAGUUUUCCUACAAUGCCGUUCAAGUAAGAGGAGGGAAAUAAGUACAUUUGAGAUUUUCUACACUUAGAUUUUUCAUCCUCCUCUCACUUUAUUUGGUAUCCAAUCUCACUGCAGUUCACCACAAAGCAGCAACACCAACCAGAGUAAUAAGCUAGAACAUUCCGAAAAAGCUCCAACACUGAGCCACCGCAUUUAAAACAAAAGUGUCAAGUCUAAUAAAACACAUAACUGCAACGUUUGUCGUUUCAAACACGCAAACAUUCACACCAAUGAGAUAAAGAAGUUUAUACUCCACUCAAAGGGAAAAAGAACAAUAUUGGUGUGUCAGGAGCUCAGGGCUUUCAAAUCGUUUGCAACAGCUAGAAACCUAAAAAAAAAAAAA